ACCGAAAUAACCGGCGCGGGGGGACCAGUUGUCGCGGCGACGGUGCCGUGAGGAGACGCUAUGGCGUCCGUCGCCGCCUGGCUGCCCUUCGCCAGAGCAGCAGCCAUCGGGUGGGUCCCCAUCGCGACCCAUCCACUUCCGCCGCCGCCCGUGCCCAAGGACCGCCGCCGCGCCGAGGACGAGAAGCUCCUCAUCAACGUCUCCGGACGACGCUUUGAGACUUGGCGGAACACUCUCGAGAAGUACCCGGACUCGCUGCUUGGUUCCUCAGAACGCGAAUUCUUUUACGACGAAGACAGUCGAGAGUACUUUUUUGACAGAGACCCGGACAUAUUCAGGCAUAUUCUGAAUUAUUACCGCACUGGUAAACUCCACUACCCCAAACACGAGUGCCUCACGGGCUACGAUGAGGAACUCGCGUUCUUCGGCAUCCUUCCCGAUGUCAUCGGUGACUGUUGUUACGAAGACUACAGAGACAGGAAGAGAGAAAAUGCCGAACGUCUUAUGGAUGACAAGCUUAGUGAAGCAGGCGACCAGAGUCUGCCUCAGCUCACGGACUUACGACAAAAAAUGUGGAGGGCCUUCGAGAACCCCCACACGUCAACGGCUGCCCUCGUGUUUUACUAUGUGACUGGAUUUUUCAUUGCCGUCUCCGUGAUGGCUAACGUAGUGGAGACGGUACCGUGCGGACACCGACCUGGCCGGGCCGGGACCCUGCCGUGCGGCGAACGCUACAAGAUAGUGUUCUUCUGCCUGGACACGGCGUGCGUGAUGAUCUUCACGGCGGAGUACCUGCUGCGACUGUUCGCGGCCCCGGACCGCUGCAAGUUCGUUCGCUCGGUGAUGUCCAUCAUCGACGUGGUCGCGAUCCUGCCGUACUACAUCGGCCUGGGUAUCACUGACAACGACGACGUCUCGGGUGCGUUUGUCACCCUCAGAGUGUUCCGAGUGUUUCGGAUCUUCAAGUUUUCGCGGCACUCCCAAGGGCUCCGGAUCCUGGGCUACACGCUCAAGUCGUGCGCCAGCGAGCUUGGCUUCCUGGUGUUCUCGCUCGCGAUGGCCAUCAUUAUAUUCGCGACAGUGAUGUUCUACGCGGAGAAGAACGAGCAGGACACAAACUUCACGUCGAUUCCGGCCGCCUUCUGGUACACCAUCGUCACGAUGACCACGCUCGGUUACGGCGACAUGGUCCCGGGCACCAUCGCGGGCAAGAUCGUGGGUGGAGUAUGCUCGCUGUCCGGAGUGCUGGUCAUUGCUCUACCGGUACCGGUCAUCGUUUCCAACUUCUCCAGGAUCUAUCACCAAAACCAACGCGCUGAUAAAAGGAAGGCACAACGAAAAGCCCGUCUUGCCCGCAUCCGCAUUGCCAAGGCAUCCUCAGGCGCUGCCUUCGUGUCCAAGAAGAAAGCUGCCGAAGCUCGUCUUGCAGCCCAGGAGUCAGGCGUGGAGCUUGAUGAUGCCGGCAGGGAUGAGGAUAUUUUCGAAUUGCAACAUCACCAUCUUUUGCGAUGCUUGGAGAGGACUACGGAUCGGGAGUUCGUGGAGAUAGAGAACCCUUACAACGGAGCUGCGAAGAGGCCGGGCUCGCCCUCGCCCCUCGCGUCACCCGCCCAUUCAUCCCGCGCGCCCGCCCUGCUGGCCUGCUGCGCGCGGUGCGGCUGCUGCCCACAGAAGUACCAGGUCCUGAUAUUAGAGUCAAGUAGGAAGGGCCGGAAGGCGCGGCGGUACACCGCUACGUCGCGGCCCUCGGACACGUCGGUGUCGGCCGCCGCAAGCGAGGACCCGCUACCACAAGCAUGCGGUAAAUACAUUCCUGCGGGCAGCACGGUGCAAGGAAACCAGACAGGGGUUGCGAUGGACGGGACCUACCUCGUCGAGGCAUCCUUCUAGGAGCAGACCCACGCUUCCCAGUGUGUGGAGAGCUGUGUGUGACCCCAGAGACCACGAGUGUACGCACCCUAACGUGCUGUUACUAAGCUGUUCCACGAAUUAACGACAAUUACUAGUUAUUAAUCAAUUUAAUUAAUCUAAUAAGCGUAACGCGAUACUGCCCAAUCCAAGUCCAAGUGUCAUUAGUUAUGGACGAUGGUAGUGGAGUGGUGAAAUCGGAAUAGAGCUCGCUGUCGUUCCAAAGUAUUUAAUCGGAUCCGUUCAGUGGUAUUCCAUCUUAUGAAAUGGAGUUGUGGUUCCGUGCUAUGUGAGGGGUUGAGGCUGGAAUUGUUAUUCAUGGUAAUUAUAAACAAACAAUUGAAAUCGACUUCGUUCGUCUCAUAAGAUGGAAUGGAAUUCGGUUUAUCCAAACUAUAUUGUAAUGGGAUUGACCUCAGUGAUUCCAAUCCUUUUUUAAAUAGAUAGAUUCUUGUUGCUUCCAUUCCAAAUGUAUCGGUGUCCUGUAUUGUUAAUAAUAUCCGCGUGGAAUGGAAAUGUCACUUUCGAUGGCCGUACAGAGGACAGCAUGUCCUUUGUAAGGAUGAUGCGGAGUUUACGAGAGGAAGUGUUCUACCUGUAUAUGUGUCGUGCAAUUCAUUUUACGUCUCCUCUUCUAAUAGAGAAUACAUUUGAAGUGUAGUUUAAGCCGUAAACAGUAUUAAAUAAGGUUUUAUUGUAAAUUACUCUGAUGUGGACUUUUUAAAAUUUUGGCGGUUACAUAAUAAUUGGAAUUAUCUUCAUUGUUCUGAUGCUGAGCGAGGCACGGCCGGCGCGGACGACUGCGGCGGACCCACGGCGUCAGACAACUUACAAUUUAUUGAAACUCGAUUGUGAAAUUUGAUACGUCGAGUGUUUUAAAAUUAUGAUUAUUGUGGAAGCUUUAGGAAAGACAUGUAGAUUCAAACUCUUCAACGUAGUCAAUAGUUCGUUACUCGAGUCAUAUCAAUGUUUAGAUCGAUGUAGGAAAGUUGUUUCCGUGUUCUUGACGUACGUACGACGUCGUACGUACGUACGUCUGAAUGUUAACAUUUUAAUAGGAAUAUUGUCCUUUUUAUUUGUGAUUUUAGUGUAGUAAUAAAUAUAACGGUGGAACUUGCGAUCAUGAGGCUUUUGCGUUUAUCAAAUUUACGCAAAUUUUUAAUGGACUAAGUGUUGCCAGCGUCGGGAAAAUACGGGAAACACGACAAAUGUCGUUGUUACGUGCGAAGGAUUGAUCAUAAAUUGUAAGGCACCGUGAUGAAUAUUAACAUGCUAACUGCAACGGUGACUUUCCGUUCCGGAAUUUUAAGAUCUAACUUAAGAUCUGUUUAUAAAAUCGAAGUGUUGUGAGGAAUUGCCCGAUGCCAGAUGACAUGUCAACAGUGUGCUGAAGUGAUUGAAUGUAGGUAGUACUCGUUGAUAUCGAAAUGGGAGACGUUAUGUUCGUUUAACCACUAGGACUCUAGUGCCUUCGAGGUUUGGUUCACGAACGUAGCUCUGUGCUAGUGAGGUAGUCAGGUAGCCAGGAGUAGGAUAGUGUCGACAGAAUGUAGUGUUUAAACUCCACAAUCUCUAGACUUAUUAACGACUCGUCAAAUUUCUUAGUUUAGAAAAAAAAGAUAGUAAUAAUUAUUAAGUUCAUUUCUGAAAUAUUAAAAUGACAGAUUGUUCGAGUUUAAUUGCGGCAGUAAAUUGUGGAAUUGACUUUAAUUAAACUUAGCGCUCAAGUUACCGGCAGGCAUUUAAUAAUCGCACUGGCCAUGGAAAAGCUCGAUAGACGUAAAACUUACAUUAUCCGUAAUACUUUAAUUAUUUAGUAAAUUCAUAAAAUCACAUUAAAUUUAAAUUCAAAUUAAAUUUUAACAAGAAAUAAAAUCGAACCGUCAUUUUUGAGGGCGUCGUGGGCCGAAGGAUAAGACGCCCGGUACAUCCGUCUCGAGUGACGCGACCGUGUCGGGGUUCGACUCCCGCCGGUAGGUACCAGUCUUCCUUAUACGUACCUACGAAUAUGCUCUUAACACACAUUCAGGAAUGACUUUCACAGGGAAAGAAUAAUAUCGUGUAAUAAAAAUGAAACCCGCAAUAAUUAUAACCAUGUAAUGACUGGUAGGUACCAUCACAAGAACCACCUUGACUACUUCUGCCCCGAAAGAGUAAUGCUUUCCGGCUAGGGACGCCAACCACUCUACUAUACAAUUGAGAUUUAGGUUGAUGACACCGCGAGUUUGUUCAUUCGUCCAUAUCCAACAAAAAAAAACAAUUCUUAAAACCCCUAACUGUAAGGUAGAUAGACAAGACAAGACAUAGGAAUUUUGUUGUCUGAAUUAAAUUAUAGCCACUAUCAUAUUACGAUCACUGUUAUGUCUUGUGUCGGUUUAAAUAAGUUACUUAUUUUCAAUGCUUAGUGACGACAAAGAAAAAUAAUUACCAGUAAGUUCGCAUGAAUGUUACCUUCACGAUAAAUAGUGUAAUAAGCGUAUAUCACAAUUAUAUUCAUUGUUAUGGAUGAAAUUCUUCAGGAAAUGUUCUAAACUAAAGAAAUUUAACGUAGUCGGAUAUUGGGUGAGUCCCCGAGCCUACGGUGUCUAGUAGCGACUCCUAGUUGUUCUAGUUAACGAAAAACUCUUAUGAAUGCGAUGAAAGAAGAUGAGUUGAGUUUGCAGCCUGCCUCGGUACCUUGCUAUGUGGUUUUCUUUUAACAACGAUCACUUCUUUGAUGUAUAUUUCAAAAUAAUCCGCCGCUGAAUGUAGGCUGAACUCCACAGCGGUUUCCACACGGAUAGAAUGCCUCCAUAACUUGUUGUCAAAUGCAUUUAAGUAAUAGCCGUCACAAAAUUUUAGAUCUUAUUUUUAAAAAGUAUCUGCGACUGAAUGUGAAAAAACGGCUUUCAUCUAUUGUAAGCUAGAGAGGAGUUGACCAGAUGUCUGAUUCUAUCUGUUUUUAGGCAAGAGACAUGAUGCAAACUCAACAAUUUACGAAUCUUACUGUAAUCUAGAAUAAUGUCUAUUAAUCAGUUAGAUAUUUUAUUUGAAUAUAUAGACGUAAGUGUAAGCAUAGUUUAAAAUAAUUUAAAAUUUUAUGUGCAUCGAAUGCAUGAAGUUUUAUUGAAAAUAAAUUAAUAAUUAAAACAAUUUUAAUAAAACGUAAGUUUCUUUAUGACCAAAUUCGAUGAAAAUAUGAUUCUUCCAAAAUAUUGCCACAAUAUGUACUAACUUUAGUGAAAAUAUGUUUUAAACUGGUAACAUUGAUGUUACAGAAAUGAAGAAGUAAUUUGUCUAUUGGUCGCGCGGCGAGGGCUGCCGUAAAGUCAUAGUUCUGUAGUCGUAUCCGGUUGAAUUGAAUCAACAUUUUUAAAAUGUUUUACGUAGCUCGAAAUCUUUUGGUGUUAUCAAUUUUAACGGAUUUUAGUAAAAAAUAUUUGUAAGCAUUUCGUCAAAUCGACAUGAUACUUACCUAUCUUUGGUCUUUUAUGUGGGUAUUGUACAUUACAUGGAUAGACGUGUUUUCAUUCUGGUGGUAUGUAUACUUUAUUUAUUACUAUUUAAUUUAUGUACACAGCCUUACAAUAGAAAAAUGUUUUGUUUGUUAGAGCGAUUAAGAGCAACAAAAUACUUUUUCUGAAAUAAUCUGGUUGUAAAAUAAUUUGAAAAAACUAAUAAUUGUUUUGAGUUACCAAUUCUUUUGGAUACCAGCAGCAUUUGGACCACAAUGGCAAUUUCAAUUCAUUUCAAUUGUGUAAUUAUACUUAGGUAUUUAUCCAAUUAUAUGAUUUUGUUUUAGCAAUAACUUAUUUUUAUGGAAAAAUUACUAUUUUAUUUAUUUAUGAUGAGCGAGUGUCGCGUGAGCGCGCGACUCCUCACCCGUAGCGCUAUGUGUCCGUAUUCCUGUGAUUCUAAUGGCUGUAUUACUGUUUAAUUGUGUUUUAUCGAAGCUUCUCGUACGUGAAGCUCUGAUUUGUUGAUUGAGUAGAAAUUAAAUUUUAAAACUUUCAAUGGAAGGUAUAAUUUACAGAUUCCGUGGUCACCUUCAAUGAAAUGUGAUUGUCACGUGUGUCAGAGCGUGCCCCCGCGUGCGCCACUCGAUAUAAUAAUUGUCAAGCUAAUGUGGAACAUGAGCACGACGUACAGUUAACUUUGUCUUGUUGUAAGCUCCACAAGUGCUACGGGCAUUGAACGGAGCAGACGUGCUCACAGCCCUCCUAGUGCUUAGCGGCUACUGGAGACCAUAAAUGAAUGCUGUCGCCGUCCAAGUCUCGAUUGCAUUAGAAUAAUGGUGAUCCCAGUUUUAAAAGUGUGUUUACGUCUCGGAGACAGGCAGUAGGACCAGGAGACGGGUCAAGUACAAGAUAAGAUGGGGUAGGCAGUUAGCUAAGGAAGGGAUGACCAGGAACAUAAAUUGGACAUCGUCUGGGAAGUGAUAAUGAAACCUUAAAAAGGAUUGUAGACUACGGUGUAUACUGCGGUGAACGUUAAAGGUGAACAAACCCACACUGGUCCUAUCUGAGCCGCUGGACCACAGACGCAUCGUCUGGCGCCAUCGUGCGCACAUUUUAUUUAUUUAUUGAUUAGAUGGGUGGAUGAGCUCACAGUCCACCUGGUGUUAAGUGGUUACUGGAGCCCAUAGACAUCUACAAC